AUGUCUUCAUUAGGCUUCAAAGCUUCACCUCUAGCUUAGACUAGCUAGCGUUGAUCUCCCUCGGCGCGGUCUUUAAUGCCACGACCGUCGCCCGCCCUGUUCUCAAGUAAAUCGUCGACAAAAUGGCUCUCCCGUCAAAGCCGAGACCCAAUGGUACGCAAACGAGUCGAACACCCAGCCAACUUCCGCUCCCGUUCAGCUUUCAAACUCCUCGAACUCGAGGAGAAGCACCGUUUCUUGACCGGCCCAGAUGUUAAUUCCGUAGUAGACCUUGGAGCUGCCCCCGGUGGGUGGAGUCAGGUCGUUGCAAGUCGACUAGGAUGGAUGCCCAUGCGGGAAGACGAGGGUGGGGCAUUAAGCCGUAGGGAUAUCGUGGACAGUGCUAGUGCUAGUGAGGAGGUCGGAGAUGAGGAGGAAGUUGUCGAAGAACGUCAGCUGAAUAGAAGGGGAAAGAAGUGGAUCAAGGGAAAGCAGAAGCAAGAGGGUCCUGACGCGAUUGACGAAUUCCUCCUCGACUCUGACUCAAAGCUAUCAACAUCCUACCGAUCACUAGCACCAGGAGGUCCUCCGAAAGGCCGGGGAACGAUCAUAGCAGUUGACCUCCUUCCUAUGCAACCCAUCCCUGGUGUGACCUCUCUCCAAAUGGACUUUCUCUCGCCCGAUGCAGACGCACGUAUCAGCAGUCUAAUUCCACCAGAUUCAAGCACUCCCAGUGUCCUCAAGAAACAAAGAAAACCUGGUAAAGUAGAUGUCAUACUCUCGGAUAUGGCUGCCAACUUUACAGGAAACCGGACAAGAGACGUCGAAGCGAGUUUGGAUAUAUGCGAAGCCGUGUUCGCGUUUGCCCAGCGCCAUUUGAGGGAUGCGCAAGGUAGAAAGAGGUCAAGCGGGGGUGCUCUUGUGUUGAAACACUUUGCGCAUCCUUUGACUGACCAGUUCCGCAUCGAAAAACUCCAGCCCAACUUCCACAGCGUCAGAUACGUCAAACCUGAUUCAAGUCGCUCAGAUUCGACCGAAGGUUACUGGCUGUGUUUCGGUUGGAGACCGAGAACCGAGGACUUGUAGAAUCAUCUCACCCAUCUGUCGUUCAAUGGCCUAGCAUCUGUUGGAAUCCCCCAUACCAUUACACUGAUAACACACUCGAUCGAGACCGUGUGCUCGUUAUGCCAUCUUAACAUAGCGCACGUGUGGCAGGGAAAGGUUCAACAAGUCCACCUUCUGCCAAACGCUCCGUGAAACUAGUCGCCACGGAAAUGUCUGCGAGCCGGGAUGUUUAACUAUUUUUUGCACAAGUCACCCCCCCGGUUACCAUAAGUAUCCUUGCAUGCUCACUCCACUCGCAACCACUGCAUGUCAAACUUAAUCAUAGCAUAGAUAUACUUACACUGAUACAUACUCAUCAUGUCAUGGGAGAUAGAAACUAUACAUAGUACAUAUCAUACUCAGAACGAAAGGAUU